UGUCUUUUCUAAAUAAUUCACUUGAAGCCGUUAAAAAUCACGGCGAAUAAAACACGCAAGCAAUACCAACUGAGUUCGUUGUUAUUCACAAUCAAGACAAGUCCAUAAACAGCUUGACAACAGAGAGAUCUUUAGUUGAUUGGAACUGAGGUGUAAUACCCAAGGACCAAACGUACAUAUUGGCUUUUAGAGACCGCCUUAUAGUUCAUUAAUGGAGUGGCGGUCCAGGGAAGAGGCAGCCGGAAGGAUAACUGUCUCAACGCCGCGCCGAUGAUAUGGGCUUAUUCUGAGAGGGAUAUGGUCGAGAAAUAGUUUUUGCGCCAAUCGAUUGGAUACUUCUGAUAAAUGAAUUUCAUAUCGUUCAUUCGGGCGAAACUUGGCCAAGAGGUUAUUGGCUUCAUAUUCGUGCGCUAAACGGUUGUCAGGAGGGACUUCCUAAAACGAGUCGUUUUUGCCACGUAUUCUGAAUUCCGGCGAUGAGGAUUUAAUGCAACGAGGGUUGUAACAGUGUUUUGUCAUCAAUAUAUGACGCGCUACUUCAAAGGAGAUGCGGACAUGGUGGUAUACUAGUAGGAAUACCAUUGGAAGGAGAAGCAAACAUCAUCAAUCACUAAUCGACUGACACCCUCGCAUAAAUCAAGAUCAGAAGAGGCCAGUUAUUGAUCUUCCUCGUUUAAUUCACAAAUUUCGUGGCCUCGCAAACAACCGUUAAUGGAUUUAUGACUGUGAACAUAGAUGAAACAUCGUUUUAUCUGUGCGCACUGGCAAUAAAUAUUUGAAGAUUUAGAUACUUUAUUGAGAUAGUUUGAUGACAGUUCCACCGGACACCGAGUUGCUUUCGGUUGAUCCGGCGCCGGCGGAGGAGACAACCAUGUUCAUCACUGUCCGUUACGGAGAAAACCAGGAGAAGAUCUUCAAUCCUAAUUGUUUGAAUAAGGUAUUGCUGGCGAACAUCAAGGAGAGAUGUGGCUGCAGAUGUAUAGAUAUAGUUGACCUCUCAGACGAAGAAGGGCAAGUAAAGAACCUUAAUUCCAGCUUGACGCAGUAUGGUACUAACUUCUUCACCAACAGAGAGAGGCUGAUACUACUCAAGGUCGAAAGGCACCAUGUGGUGAGAGGUGAACAUGACACAAUCAGUACAACAUUCAAACCCCUAUUACAAGCGCUGGAAGAGGAUGUGGAGUUCUUAGACAAGAUCAACCCAAAGCCAUCGAAAUCAAGACGAGGCUAUGACCGAGAUCAGAAGUCACCAGCUGAGAAUAAACUCGACAAAAAGCGAGGAUCCCAGGACUCAGCAAUGCCCACCAAAGAACGGAGAAGGAGUUCCAUUAAAAACGCUAAAGCGCUGAAAAAAUUUCAGAAAAUCGGUUUGGCUGCUGCACGGAGUAAAAAUGUAUGACGUGUUUACUUCUUAACCGUUAUUUGGAUGCGUAAAGUAGAUAUUGGCUGUGCUAGAUGAGAUGAUCUUUCCAUGUCUGGUUUACAAAGAUUUUGUAAGACAGAAACUGGCCACUGGAGAUUGCCAGUUGUGAUUGCAGAAAGUAGGUUCUUGAUUUCGGGUUCGAGGGUCAAGUGUUCGUUUCUCCGGCCUGCGCAGGGCCGCAGAAGCCAACAAUAACCCCCGAUUUUGUCAGGAUGACCAGGAGAGGCAUGCCACAUACAUGUACGGUGUGCAUUAUAUUUCGCAACUUUCAUUUAAUUAAUCAACUUGGAACAUUGUCAUGAAGUUCUCAGUUAUUCAGGAAGGGAAUGCAAUGGAUAUAGUUCACAUGCAGAUGCCUUAACAUCAUUCCUACAAGGAGGGAGGGGCAAUGCGCCUGCUCUGUGUAGUGUUCAAGUGACCUUGUACCGUGGGCACCUGCAGGGAGUCAGGCAACAAACAGAAUCGACAAACUCAUUCAAUAAAGAAUCAACGAAAUCAUUCAUGUUUUAAUCACAAAAUAUUUAUUUUAUUGCAGAUAAUGAAUAAAAUAAAUCAAAGAUUUUUAUA